GCCCCGCACGCAGCCACUUCCGGAGCGCUGGUGGAGGUGCGGUUCCGGGUCGCUGCUUUGCUAGCCGGCCGGCCGUGGGGGCUGGUGACGCGGGCCGGCGUUCGUGAGAGGUCCCGGAGGCGGGGCUCUGCCGGCUGCCCAGAGAGCGGCAGGACAGAAUGCUUUGACCUCCAAGCUGUUUUAAAUCUGGCAGAUAAGCCAGAUACUGUGUUCUGUAAGCUGUUGGCCCACAUUUAAGUGGGAAUGCAGCUAUCUCGGAUGUCUGGAACUUUUUAGGCACCAGUCUCUGAAGUCCUGGUUGCUGGCCUAAGGACUAGACUACUGUGGUGGUUUCAAAAGCUGGUCAUCAGUGCAGGAUAGCCACACAGCAAAAAUGUUUGCAAAGCUAAAGAAGAAAAUAGCAGAAGAGACUGCUGUGGCCCAGAGGCCAGGAGGUGCUACUCGGAUCCCACGGUCAGUGAGCAAGGAAUCGGUUGCCUCUAUGGGAGCCGACUCAGGAGAUGACUUUGCUUCCGAUGGAAGCAGCUCCAGAGAAGAUCUUUCAUCUCAGCUUUUGAGAAGAAAUGAACAGAUACGGAAAUUGGAAGCCAGACUUUCUGACUAUGCUGAACAGGUCCGAAACUUGCAGAAGAUAAAAGAGAAGCUUGAAAUUGCGUUAGAAAAACACCAGGAUUCUUCCAUGCGGAAAUUUCAAGAGCAGAAUGAGACAUUCCAAGCCAACAGAGCCAAAAUGGCAGAAGGACUGGCUUUGGCAUUAGCCAGAAAGGACCAGGAAUGGUCAGAAAAAAUGGAUCAGCUUGAAAAGGAGAAAAGGUUUCUGACAGCUCAAUUACAGGAAAUGAAGAACCAGAGUUUGAAUCUUUUCCAAAGGAGGGAUGAAAUGGAUGAAUUAGAGGGGUUCCAGCAGCAGGAACUAAGUAAAGUAAAGCACAUGCUUUUAAAAAAAGAGGAAAGUCUGGGGAAAAUGGAGAAAGAGUUGGAGGCGCGAACCAGAGAACUUACUCACAUCCAGGAAGAGUUGAUGACCUCCAAUCAGAUGUCUUCAGACUUAAGCCAGAAGCUAGAAGAAUUGCAGAGACGCUACUCAGCGCUGGAAGAACAGAGGGAUCAUGUGACAGCUUCAAAAACAGGUGCAGAAAAUAAGAUCGCAGCCCUGGAGCAAAAGGAACAAGAGCUCCAGGUAUCCAUUCAGCAGCUUUCCAUGGAUUUGCAGAAGGCCACUGCUGAUACUCAAGAAAAAGAAAAACUCAUCACACACUUGCAGGAGAAAGUCUCAUCCUUGGAGAAGAGACUAGAGCAGAACCUGUCAGGAGAAGAACACGUGCACGAGCUCCUGAAAGAGAAAACAGUUGCUGAGCAGAAUUUGGAGGAUACCAGACAGCAGCUCUUGGCAGCCAGAAGCAGCCAGGCCAAGGCCAUGGACAUCCUGGAGACUCGGGUGCAAGAGCUCGAGCACAGCUUGCAGGCUUCUGAGGAGAAGCUGAAGCACAGUGGUGAUGUUGUGGCGGCUCAGGAAGCUCAGAUUCGGGAGCUAGCCGCCGCAAACAAGGAGAGCAGCCAGGCACAGCAGCAGGUCCUCGCCCUGGAACGGCAGUGCAUGGAGCGCGUCCACACACUGGAGACCCAGCUCGCUGCCCUGGAGAGCUCCCGGGUGGCCGACCAGACCGCCGCAGAGCGGGAGGUGAGAGAACUGGAGCAAGAAAAUGCAGCCCUUAAAGAAAGUAAGAAUGAAUGUGAACGUUCGUUGCAACACCACCAACUUGAACUAAAGAAGCUCAAGGAAGAGUGGAGCCAAAGAGAAAUUGUGAGUGUCGCAAUGGCUCAAGCCCUGGAGGAGGUGCGGAAGCAGAGGGAAGAGUUCCAGCAACAGGCUGCUAACCUCACAGCUGUAGUAGAUGAGAAGGAACAGAGUCUGCAGGAAAAAGCUGAAGUGAUUCUCCAGAAAGAGCAGGAAAUUUUCCAACUGAAGAAAGGUCACGACUCUGCCCUGUUGCAAAUGCACCAGCUUCAGAGCGAGCUGGAAGCCCUGCAGAGCCUUAGGGUGGAGGAGUCCGAGGCUGCCGCGGGGUUCGACGUGCUGAGACUGGCUGUCCCGGAGCAGGGGUUGACACGCUCAGUUCCCCAGCCUCACGCGGCCUCGAGGGCCACGCAGGACCCCACGUACCAGCUUCCGGCUGCAGAGGGAAUCCCAAAUGGUGAGGUGGGGGCUGUGGACCUAGGGCAGCUGCAGAAGGAAAAACAGGACUUGGAGCAGCAACUCGUGGAGAAAAACAAGACCAUAAAGCAGAUGCAGCAGAGGAUGCUGGAACUCAAAAAGACUCUCCAGAAGGAACUGAAAAUCAGACCCGACAGUGAGCUCUUUGAGGUCCGAGAGAAGCCUGGCCCCGAGAUGCCCAACAUGGCUCCUUCCGUCACGAAUAAUGCUGACCUGACUGAUGCCCGCGAGAUCAACUUUGAGUACCUUAAACACGUGGUUUUAAAAUUCAUGUCCUGUCGAGAGUCUGAGGCUUUUCACCUUAUAAAAGCUGUGUCAGUGUUGCUGAACUUCUCACAAGAGGAAGAGAACAUGCUCAAAGAAACCCUGGAGUAUAAGAUGUCGUGGUUUGGGUCCAAACCAGCUCCCAAGGGCAGCAUCCGGCCGUCCAUCUCCAACCCUCGGAUCCCGUGGUCCUAGGUGGAAAUCCGGCAGAUGGAUCUCCAUGCGAUGACACUUUUUCUGUGAAAAGAACACUGACACACCAGUCUGGGUGGGUUUUUAAUCACUGUAACCGCAGUAUUUUGUACAAGCGUCAGAGCAUUGUUUACAAGACUUAAGGCCCCCUUCCCGACAGACUGAUCUGAAGCUCAGGAGGUGGCUGAUCCUGUGUCAUUGUGCUCACCAAACGGGAGGGUCCCGGCACUACCCGCGUUUCCACAGUGCUGCUAAAUUCCCAGUUCUGGCCAGCACCCGUCUGCACCUGAACCCUCUAACUGUUCACGUUAGCACUUGAAGCUGAAGCCGGCGGCAUCGGGCAGAGAGGAGGCACCCGGCCCACCACGUAGUGCUGACGCUGGACGGAAAGACAGCCCUUUGAAAUGGUGCCCGGCAGGCCAGACCCACCUGCUUCUGCCACAGCCAGCCAGCUCGUUGGGGGUGGCUUUUAAAAAUUCCCCUUCCCCGUCAGCAUGUUUGGGUUCAGAUGAGUUAGACGAGGCUUUUUAACCCUUCCUCUCAAGAAAACAUUAUUUCACCCUGUUUGUCAGACCACCCAGAACUUCAGAUGUGUACAUCUUUAAGGUACUCUGGGGCCAGUGUGGAUUAAUGAAUAUGCAACUUUCUGACAGUAUCUCAUUUUCCUGAAGAAAACUAGCGGAUAUAUUAAAAAAAAAAAAAAAGAUCCUUAGCACCAAAUACACUCAAUUGCCUUUUUAAUGAAUGUACUUGUCUUGGAUAGGUUGCUGGUAAACCAUUUUAAACUAUUUUUUAUAGCUAAGAUUCUUCGCUAUUAUAAACAUGUCUCUGUAUUAUAAAAUCCAUUUAACUGGUGUUCUUAAAGGUAAAUCAGAGCAUCAAGAGGAAAUUAUUUCUAAAAUUGGGAUUCCUUUCCCUUUUUUAAUUUCACCGCAGCAUUCUGUGGUCUCUGCUUCCCUCUGAAGCAGUGGUGGUAUUUCAUUUGCUUUGCUCUUAAUUCUGUGUUGUAACACGGAGCAAAUGCUAAUCACACGUUCGCUACGGUUAAGGACAGCCUGGACAGCCUGCUCCGUUCGGAGGAAGCAGCAGCUGCCCCCUGCCCCCCACCCCCCUCCCGGUUCUUGACCAAAACAUGGGAAGCGGUCUGCCUUGUACGUGGAGCUACCGUCUCUCUCCCUAACGCUGCCCCUGUAUACUUACGAUGACACUACACCCAUAUAUGGCAUCCAGACGGCCCCAGACGGCUACAGUACUUGAUGGCGUGCAGAUGGCUCGGGUAGGGACCUUUAAAAACUCUAUGGAAUCUAAAGAGAAACUGUUGAUUUCGCUUGACAAAAGUUUUACCGGCUAAAUAAAAUAAUAACUGGAGCUCCUAAAAUUUAUUGUCAGUUAUUCAGUGUUUCUCAAAAAUGCUUAGGGUUAUAAUCUAUAAUAUCUAUCUCACGGCAAAACACGGAUUUGCAGAGUUAACCUAGUACAUUUCCACAGACCUGGAAGUACCAAGCAAGGGCAGCGUCACCCUCAUCCCAGCCAGGCUGUCUGCCACCCAGUGGCCCAUUCUCCAGUUACCUACCUCCUCCCGUGGCUCCUCCCUGCAGAUGGCUUUCCCUCGUGGAGAAUAUAUUUUCCACUUACCUGGUGGGGACACACAAUAGGAAUGCCUUCCGUUCUGUAAUUUGGAGAACAGGUACCUUUUCUUAGCUUUUCCAGGAGACUCCCCAAGAUUGGGUGGUCCAGGGCUCACCAGACGGCUCCCACAUGGCGGCGGGAGCCCCGUCCCACUCUGCCGUGGCCUCUCCAGCCCUUGAGCUGGUCUCACCCUGCCCCAGCCACAUCCCCGGCAGCUUUAGGUGUAGUUGUGGGACCCAUCACUCGGCCUGUACUUGCCUCGGGAGGAUUCAUUCUGAUUAGGCUUUCCUCCUGCAUGUUGAAUUUCCUUCAGCUUUAAGAGGAAGAGUGGAGUAAAUAUUCUAAGUGAUUUAAUGCACUUUUACUUGUAUAAAAAGUUCUGUGAUAGACAGUAUGUAUAGACCUUUAUAUGAGCAUUGGAUUUGGAUUUCUCUCCAGUUGUAAAUAGGAACUGUAUUAUCUAAGACUGCUGUAGAAAAUUCAUUUGUGGUGUCACUUUUUGAUUAAAGCUCUUUAAUCCAGAUGCAA